AGAAGUGAGAAAAUCUACACACAUCUGAGCGGAGAUCAGCUUACACUGACUCCGAAUUCAUCGUAUCAGACUCCAAUUUUCGUAGUUUUCUCAGGCUGAGAACCUUCGAUUUACUUGAUUUAGCUUCGGAUUGCAAAGGCGUAAGACAGUUCACAGGGGAGGGGGCUAGUUAUGGCACCAAUGGCUGUCUCGCUGGUUGUACCAGCAGAUGGUGGUUUGCUCUUCCUAAGCGGAUUUACUCACGGGAAACUGAAAUCAGGCAGCAGAAACUGUGAUGGUCAUAUACGUAGAAUUCAGCGAAGAGUUGUUAACAGAGCUGUAAUUUCGACGUCGAGGAACACGAAGGUGGUUAACGAGGAUGAAAUAAGACAUUUUCAUGGCACGGACUACAACAAGGGGUGGACGGAUGCGAGAGGACUGACCGAAGAGCGGAUUCUCGGCCACUUCGAAGAACUCUCAGUCCUGGUUUCGGACAGAUCUGAGAUGCAUUCAAUUCUUGCGCAACAACGCGAUAACUGGAACAGACUCUUCCAUACCACCACCACCAUAGCUUCAGUUUUCGCUGCCACAGCUUCCGCUGUCAAUGGAGCUGUACCCGGUCCAGGAUUGCAAGUCGUGGCCAUUAUUCUCGGCAUGGGAGCAGCUGCGCUGAUGGCUCUCGUGAGCAAGUUCCAGCCGUCGCGGCUCGCCGAGGAGCAACGGCAUGCGGCUCGGUUUUUCAAGCGAUUGGGAGCUGAUGUCGAAGCCACUUUACAAGUUGAUCCGCGACUGCGUGAAGAAGCAUCGAGUUACUGGGAGAGAUCGGUGAACACAUUGCACGCCCUGGAUCGAGCAUUUCCUCUUCCCCUGACACCGAGAGAUGUGGAGGAGGAGUUACCCAAGCAAGUGGGUCCAUCGAAACUCAGUGGCGAAGUGGAUCUAGCUCGACCUGAAGUUAAGGUGUCCCGUCAUUUUCAUAUCAAUGGAUGGACGCCGUCAGCAGUAGAAGACCUCAAGCACACUGCUCAUCUUCUGCAUCAUUCGGACAUACCAGAAUAUGUGAACAUGGCCAAUAAGGCCAAGCUCAUCAACCUGAUUCUGUCGAUCACCUCUCCUCUGUUGGCAGCAACAGGUGUGGCAUUGAACAUGGCAGGCUGUACAUCAGUAGCUGCGGCAGUCACCGUGGGGUCCCUGUUCGCGCACACUCUGACACACGCCCUUCAGAUGGGAGCAGUGUAUGAGGUUUACAGAAACUGCGCUGGGUAUUAUGGCGACGUGGAAAAGUCCAUUGAGCAAGUACUGCGCUUACCUGUACAAGAACGUCAAGACGCUGCGAUAUUUCUUCACAAGAUCUCUAUGGCGCUCGGGAGAGUACCGGCGAUGACACCAAUGGUACCAAUCAGCAAUAAAACUGCUGGAAGCCUAUUUUGAAAUACUCGCCUCUACUCGUAGCACAACACUCAUCGGCAGCUCUAUUACUGAAAAUCUCAGGGAUAAAGAGCCGAGAGGACGCAUCAGUCAACAAUAAAUUUUGCACAUAUAUUUAGGAUUAGGAUAGAAAUGUCAAUCCCGACAAACCAGUCGACUCCAAGGUGAUGAUCACAUAAUCAGAGGUGUAAAUAUGUACACAGGGCUUAUAGAUAGGCAGAUUUAAGGGGAUCGAUCGCACCAUAAUUUCCCAAUAUGAAAGACAUUUACCCGUACAAGCAGUAGAAUUAGAGGAGGGCGACUCAACUUCUGGUUCCAGUGAUAUUGCAGGGCCGGCACGAGCACGGAUUGUGUCACCAUUUUUCAAUAAUUUAAAGCGAAUAGCGGCUUCGGUUAUCACUUG